AUGAACUCGCGAAGCAUGGCCAACGGCUCCCUCACCGUACAGCCAGAGGGCAAAUCAUACGCUUCGGGGUCGCCCUCCGUUGGGCUAAGCCCGCGCUCAGCAAGGAACGGUCAAGCCGACGUGGUAUCUAGGAAGAUGUCUAUACGCGCAGUUCCGAGCUUCAGCGACAGGACACAGGGCACGCACUCCGAGGACGACUCCUCCGACGGCUCGCCGUCCAUUCCGCGCCAUUCCAACUCGGCCUUCUCCAGCUCGCUCAACAGCAACAUGAGCGGCAUGUCUGCCAUCUCGCAACAACCGUCCAAGAACACAUCGUCAUCUAGCACUGUGCGGAAAAAGCAGAGCGCUACAGGUGAUUACCUCGACGUCCACGACAGAGCAAGUGAUGUUCCCUCAAGGACACCAAGCCCAGGCGCACGGUCCAGAUCCAGUGUCGAGAUACCCCGGAGAGAAAGCAGUCUCGGCGUGACAGGGAGGUCGAGGAGUCCAGGCGCCCAUGCUCCAGCCGUAGAAGUCCAUUACGCCGAUGGCAGCCACCACGAGGAGGGCCCAGGGAGUCUCAGCCAGAGCUCUACAGACCAGCAUCUGGGCAACGGUUGGGAUUCAACCGUCGGCAAGGCAGGCCUGGGAAAGACCGGCCGCGUUAUCAAUCGUCUCGUCUCGGACAACGAGACUCUUAAGCGCGACCUCAAGAUCGAGAGGCUCAAGGCCGAAGAGUCACGCCAGGCGGCACGUUUGCUGGAGGACAAGAUGGAGCGGCUGGUAUCGGACUACGAGAGCCGCCUGCUGGACGCCAACGUCACCAAGACCCUGCUCUCGAGGAAGGAAAGACAGGUGGAGUCGCUCCAGGCCGCGGUCGAGCUCGAGAAGAAGCGGACGGCCGACGCGCAGGAGCGGGAGAGGACGUGGCGGGAGGAGAUGGAGAAGACGCGGUCCGAGAGCAAGCGCCAGGUCGACGAGGCGACCAGCUACGCCCUGCUGAUGGAGGGCCGCUACAACGCCAUCAGCAGCCACUGGCGCGACCAGGGCGACGACGUCAAGAGGGCCAUGGGCAGGAUGGGCAAGGAGAUACAGGACCUGCUGGACGAGCGGCGGAGCGACGAUGACAAGAUCACGGUGCUCAGGGAGCUCUGCGACCAGCAGAACAGCAACCUCGACGACCUGCGCCAGCAAAAGGACGACAUCUCGCGGAAGUUUGAGGACUACAAGACGGAGCAGGAGCGGGCGCUGCACGACAUCAAGACCAAGGCGGCGGCGCGCGAGUCGCAGCAGGAGCAGACCCUGAGGGAGGCCAAGGAAGUGCUUGACAAGCUCAGGUGGGCGCUGAAUGUCAAGGCGACCGUCGCAGGGGCUCAGUGA